AAUAGUGUUUCCCAUAUCACUGCCGCUAUACCUACUCUUCCCCCCACCAACCACCGAGUCAGUCACUCCACCCACAAAGAUAUAAACUCCUUUCACAAGCUGAUUAACGUUGGUCCCAAACGUCGAUUGGGGGCGGGCUCGAGGCGCGGUAUAUUUAAAUCUGCGUCAGGUGCACGAAGGUGUUAUCGUAGGACGGUAUAUGUCGGGCCCGACGGCGCCCUGAGUGAGCCUUCGGGAUGUGAGUUCGACUCAGUCUGGCUCACUUCGGGAGGCGGGUUCCUGAUUCAGUCUGGCUGGCUUCAGGAGGCGGGUUCUGACUCAGUCUGGCAGGCUUCGGGAGGCGGGUUCGACUCGGUCUGGCUCGCUGAACCGGUUUCCAUGCACAGCUAUAACUUGGCCAACCUCACGGAACCCUCUUCAGUCGUUCCCCGCGCCUCGACGCUGAGGCACCGCUCUCCACAAACCACAACUUUAGAAACUUGGCGGUCGUUUCAUGCGCUCCACUGUGCUCCACCCUCACUUAUCCUCAGGCCCCUUAUAAACGCACCAAACUAUCGUGACUAAGAGUACUGACAUAGACAUACUGUCUUGUUGACGAGUCCUGACUUCGCCUAGCAAGAAAAGCUAACAAAGAGGGAGUGGUUAUCUCUCAAAAACGGGAAAGCCAUAUAUAUAUAGCCUACUGAAGCACUUCUAUAAUCAGUCAUCAAGCUGUCCUUGCUUCUGUCUGCUUACAACGGUGCGUGAGAAGCGUCGUCAACUGUUGGAUCAGAGGAGUCAAGACAACUGUGUUUGACACCUUAUAAACUUUAUAAUGGGGAGCACUGAGGAGAUCACAAAACUUCAUUCAGUGAAGAAAAAGCACGAACGUGAUUCUGAAGAAUCGGAUUCAAAGUCGAAUUCCAAAAAUGCCUCUGGAACAACUAGUCCUGAUCCAUUGGAACAUGGAAUUGAUGAUGAUCUUAAACCCCUCCAAGAAGGGGAAACAAAGUCAAGUGCGAGUGACACAGACAGUGAGAAUGAAGGUGCUUGUAAAUCCAGAGAGAAACCUCAAGCAGGAUUAGAUGUGCAAGGUGCUAGAAGUCGGGUCGACAGUGAGAGCUCGUCGGAAAAUGGGAAGUCCCCAAUCGCUGAACAUAGCAAAAGAUUACAAGACGAGAACCACUGGCUUGGGUCAGUGAUUGCCAACUCUCGGGUUUUCUACAUUAUCGAUGCUGGCAUAAAAAGACAGCGGACUGUCAGUGACUCUUCUCCUGUCCACAACUUCAUCUUCCCUGGAGUUGCAGCAUCUCCGCCCAAAUUUAUGUCCCUUGAAGAGGUGAUGAAAGCAGCCAAGGGUGUCAGCAAUAUGGUUCUUGCUCAUGAGAUUGCAGUGGAUAAAAACUUCAAGUUGGAGAAGUUUGACCCCCCUGACAACAGUGUCGAGAAGCAGGUACGGGAUGUGAUGCACAAAGCUUUCUGGGAUCAGCUAGCAAGCCAGUUGCUGCAAGAUCCUCCCUGCUAUGACCAGGCUCUAGUUCUGCUGCAGGAGGUGCAAGAAAACUUGCUGGACAUCACCCUUCCUCAUCACACGCGCCUUCGACAAGAAAUUUCGGAUACCCUUGAUGUGGAGCUCAUUAAACAGCAGACAGAGCAUGGGGUACUUGAUUUUAGCCAAUACUCGCAGUAUGUGCUCUCCAUUAUGGCUCGUCUGUGUGCACCCGUCAGAGACGAGACCAUACGAAACAUGAUGAGAGAAACUGACGUGGUAUCGGUGUUCCGUGGUGUGAUGGAGACCCUUGACCUGAUGCGCCUUGAUAUGGCCAAUUUCACUAUUCAGCAAAUCAGGCCUCAUAUUAUAGCACAGAGUGUAACCUAUGAAAAGAAUAAGUUUGCAGAAUUCCUCAAGACACAGAAUGAUGGUUUAGAGCUGACACGAGAGUGGCUGUUGAGUCAUGUGAGACCUGAAGACUUGACUGUGACGGAAGAUAUGGCAAUGAGAAGUGUCGUGAGCUCUAUCAUUACUCGCUCGUAUCUGGCACUUCUAUCGUGGCCUGAUGACAAAUUAUUGCCAGAGACUGUAGUACUGGAUGGAAGUAGAAUACUUGAACUGAGAGAUCGUCUAAGUCAAGUGUGCAUCCUUGGCUCGGUGAUUCUUGUCAUCUUAUCAUCUGUGGGUCCCAUGAUCACCGUGCCCGACGCCUUCAAACUCAAGCUGAAGCGUAACCUGUGUAUCAUCCUGGACCCAGCAUUAUCCGACAAGUCUUCAGUUGUGGAUGGUCGUCUACCCAGAGAGACAAUGGCAGUGAUGGACAAUAUAGCCGAGCAGGUCGUUAAGGAAGUUGAUGACCAUUUUGCAGAGCAUGAAAAGCCACCAUUGCCAGCAUCAGCAAAGACUGCUCUGAAAUCACAAAUCCUCGAGAUAAAGAGUCCAGACCAUCGCAUAAGAUCAUUGAUAAAGAAGAGAUCAAUGGAGUUCAUUGGAAUUCUGAUGAGUUCAACUACGGCUCGGCCAGUCCAGAUACCGCCUGGUCUUUCAAUCCUGCAGGAAGAGUUGGCUCAUAUCUGUGGAACGCUGCUUCGCCUCGUCACACACAACAGAUCUGUAUUUGGCGAGUAUUAUGCUGAUAUAAUAGCGAACCAUAUGAAGGUUCAUAGGGAACAGUUAGAAGGUGAAGAGGAGAAGAAAGUUGUAAAGGAAGAAAGUAGUACUGAAAGUAAUAAUUAAAAAGGUUCUAUGAUUGGAAUGAUACAAUUUAUUCCAAGUAAACUUCUCUUAGUGCUUAUUACUGGGGAAGUAUGGUAGCAGUGUUAACACUGAAAUGUUAUUGUUGCUGCAAAGUUGGUUCAUGUGUAAAUAAAACUUGCAUGCAGAAUAAGUGCAAUAGAUGAACUUUAAAAAAAAAAAAAAAAAAUACACUAGGUGAAAUAAAAAUCGGCUGGGUUAUCACAAAUCCUGGCUGAUACCAUUGGCAUACUUUGUGAUAACAGUAUUUGUAUGUAUAUGCAUAAAAAAAGCCUUUUGGGCUAUAAUUGAUUGCUGAUGUACAAGAUAGAAUGAAUAUGCUGUAGUGGAGUUAAACACAUUUGGCAGUAAACAUCAUAGAUGUUUCAAAGGGUGUGUUCUCCAAGCAUUCAUUGACAACCCUGUGAUGAAUAAUAUUUAUUCCAGUGCAGAAUUGUCAUAACUCCUAUAUUACGUUUCUAUUAAAUAUUUAACAUUUUAUCGAGCUAUUCUUUAAUGUUUUUGAACUGGAUGAUGAUUUAGUUGGGCCUGGUAUACAAGUGGCAAGUUGCUAUUACUCAAUUAUGUUACACACGUGAAAAUAUAUUUGACAAUGAGAAAUUGUUAUGGGGGUUUAGCCAUGUCUUGUAAGAUGAGAAAUAUAAGAUGCAACAUGGCUUUAAUUUGUAUACACGGGAAAAUGUAAUGUCUAACCCUUAACUGUUGCCCUCGAGCAUUGGGGUGUGUGUGUGUGCGCGCGUGCGGUUUUGCAACAGUUCAUCAAAGGGCUUGUAGGAGACUAGACAUUGUUAUAUUGACAUGUUCCACAAUUCUAUGUGGGUGUCUCUAGAGAACUGUUGUAUUCGUUUGCCAUAUCAGCAAUUUUUUUUUUUUUUUUUUUUUUUUUUUUUUUUUUUUUUUAAGGGAACACAAUACUGUAUCAUGCAUUUAUUGCUGCUUAUGUUAUGACCCAUUGAAUGCCAUGCAAAAUUUCAAGGACCUGGCACAGCUUAGUGAAGAGGUGGAAUCUAGUAUAAAUAGUUGAAAAUUUUCCCUUAUCACCAUUUCUGCCACACUGGCCAAACUGAAAUGAACAGAAUUUUCUUUUCCUCAACAUUAGUAUGCAAUGUCUUACGAUAAUUUUUUUCACUAGGCAAUCUGUCUACCAUACUUUUAGGAGUGCAGUUGGGGGAUUGAGGUCAAACUUAUCCAUUAUUUAUUUUAUAUAGAUGGCCCAUAAGUAUACAGGUGUUGGAACUUGACACUGACGUGUGUAGUAAUUUUAAUUUGCAGGGCAAAUAGGAUGCAUUAGUUAGUAAAAAAAUUUAUGAAGUGGAAAGGAUAUUAUCACUAACACUAGACAAUACAUACCUUAAUGUAAUGCCUUACUAUAUAUAUAGUAGCAUUAUAAUUUAUUAGUGCAAUACAGUAUGACAAAAAAGGUUUUGGAAUGUAAUGAAUCACUUAUUGGUUUUGUUAUAGCCAGUUAAAAUAAUAGUUUUGUUUAUAUUGAUAUAAAGUACUAUAAAUGGAGAAAGACAAUUGUAUUGAUUAAAACAUGGUUGGCUGUAUUAAAUAUAUUUUCAAAUAUUUUAUGGAGCAUAAGUCAGGCUUAAAAUCCAUUAAUGUAGAAACUAGGAAUCUACUAAACGAAAGUGCAAUAAAUUAUAACUUUUCCUCAUGUACUGCAGUUAUUUCCAAAACUACACAAUAAAAUAUAACUUUUCCUCAUGUACUGCAGUUAUUUCCAAAACUACACAAUACUUGUGUGUAUGACCAGUGUACAGAAUAAAAAUCGGUCUAAAUCAGUAUAAGAAGUUAUGUAAAUGUUGUCGGUCCAGGACGGACCGAAACGUCGUCAUCCCUUCAACUUCUAGUGUGUGGUCUGGUCAACUUAUGUAAAUGUUCAUUAGUUAUUACUUUAGUUAAGAGUGGUCAUGUGCAAAUUAGUUGGAAGUAGGGGGGGUGAUUAACUGUACUUAAGGUAUAGUUUAACUGUACCUUAAGUACAGGCAAAACGGCAAAACUGAUGCUGCUUACAUGCAAAUAGUAUCCAAGGUUCUUAAAUACUAAUCGGAUAAAUAGGCUGUAAAGGUUGGGGGGGGGGGCCUUCUUUAAUAUUAAAGUAAAUUGAGUCCAUUGUCCAUAUGGUAUUGAUAGAAGUUACUUGUUUCUUUUCCUCUUUUGGGUGAGUGGGCACAUAUUUGAUUCACCUAUUACAACUCUAGGAAAAGUACAUGCCACAACAAUAAUCAAUGUUGAUCCUACAUCAAUUAAAUAUUACCAGGGUACAUUUUGGCAACUGGAUAGCAAUAUUAUCAAUGUCAUUGAAUUAGCUACUUGUAUAAUAAAAUUUAAUACUAUAAGAUGACUAACCCACACAUCACAAGGAGACAGACGUUUGGUCUGCCCUGGAUCAUUAUAAAGUUGUGUGACUUCAUCAUGGCCCAAAAUGUCAUCUGUUCUGGCUGACAAAAUAAUGACUAAACCACACAAUUAUUGUGACUUUAAUGCUAUAAUUAAUAUUGCACAGGCACUUAUCAUACUCAAGAAGUAAAAUUUGGAAGUAGUUUUCUUCAAUGUUAUCAUAGUAAACUUGAAAUAUUAGCAGUUAGAAUGAUCGACACAUACAAUAUACCAUGAUUGGAUGGGGGCAACUGCUUCCCCUGUAACGAAAAGUGGAUAUGGUUACUGGUGGAAUAUUUAUGGUUUUCAAAAGGUUCAUCUCUUACUAACAUAUGACCUAGUCAGCAAAUGGUCUAUGGAAAUUAUCUACAGUGUACUCUGGUCUACAUAGGUUAUUAAUAUUAAGCACCUUGUGUGUUUUGUAAUAUAGUAAAGUAUAACAACCAUAUUGUGCAUGUUUAUAUUGAAACAUUACAAGGACAUUUUCAAUAUCUAGUACUAACGUACAGUACAAGAUUGCAUCACUUUGCAACAUUUUAUUUUUCAUUAUGUAUGCUUUAGUAAUGCAGAGGAAAAACUGUUUAAGCAGCAAGGUAAUGGUCAGGUCAUUCCAGGGGGAAAUAACAUAUACACACACUGCAGUACUAUUGUGACAACCAAACAAUGCAUUUAUUAAAUUUGUUUAUUUUGUAAAUGGGCUACAGACUGAUUAAGACUUGGCUAUCUAUAUUCUCAUUAUGUAAUCCAAAUUAAAUACAAACUGCACAUUGAAUAUAAUCCAGUUCCCAUUUUGAGCAGACAGCCCUCAAAUUUGCAAGCGUAAGCCAUUUGUAUGUUUGGUCUACCAUAAAAGCUGUUAGUUCUUCCAUUCCAAAGUUAUGUCAACUGAGGAAUGUUUACUAAAAUGAACAUUCAUUAUACUGUACUAGUUUACUUAAUUCUUGUGAUGAACUAAUUUUUGCUUAAAGGAAAAUACUAUAAUAUCUGAAAGGAUAAUUAGGCAUUAUGUUAACUGGGUAUAGACAUGUAGUAUAAUAUUGUAUAGUAUUUUUAUAAUAAUUGUAUUUGUAUCCAUGUGAUGGAUGGUAUAUUUUAUGGCCAGCCGAGCUCCUUGCAUCAUUAUAACCAUAAAUGUUAGUGCUGCAGGAGACUUCUUGAGUCUUUCAUUGGUAACAAUUGCCAUGUAGAGAUAAGACUAAUCCCAAACAUUUGUACAGCGUAUGAUGCAUGUACAGUAUUCACCAGGCCUAUGGUUAUACCAGUGGCAAUCUCCUCCCUUAUUAUUAUUAUUAUUGGGUACAAUUCUUGGCCGAGGUCUCUUGACCCACUAUUUUAGAAGUGUGUAUCUGUAUAAUAAUGCUAGUGAUUUUACCAAGAGUAAAACCACAGUACCAGUGCAUGAUGAUGUGACACAUUCUACUGUAAGAAUGUCUUAAUAUUCUCUCUAAUCAGGAGUGCCAGUUAUAUUUGGCAUAUGUUGAUGCUUUAUCAUGUACUGCAUACUUCUCAUAUUUCACUAAUACUUGACUUCACAGAAGGCAGCAAUUUGAUGAUGCAUUAAGUUAACUAUAUACAAGCACACUAAUAUAUCCUAGUCAGUGUUGUAUGUCGAAUGAUUUCCAGUUAACAGAGACUAGCACGAAGGUCUCGCACAGGGAAUGUGAAAAUGUGUGCGCUUGUUAACACUACACUGUAUAAUGACUGUUGGACCCAGCCUUCAAAUUUACUUGUCAACAGCAUGGCACAUCUUUUAAUAAUGCAAUUACUUCAUGGCAUAUAUAGCCAAGGUUAUUUUGCUUACAUCUAAUUAGGUAGAGCAAAUCUCGGUCCAAGAUUUGAUUAAACAAUGUUCUGGUAUAUGUAUUGUGUUAUGCAUUUUAUGUAGCUCUAGAAGCCAGAUAUUUUAAAGCAAUGUCAUUUUAAAACUAGCCAAAGAUUGUUUUUAAUUAUGAUCUAUUUAAGGCACUAACAAAUUAGAUGCAAAUAUAUUUUUAUUAACACUAUGGAGUAGGACAGUUUUUUUAAGCUCUUGAUAUGACCAUUACUAGUCAGUGACACUGAAAUUUGUGUGUUUUAGCAUACCUAUAAUUGUAGUAUAGAGUAAAUAUGAUCUUAUUUUUGGUACUGUACUACAACACUGACUUGUAAAGUAGUAAUACAUGUUUUAUGGAGUAACAGUCUUGUAGAUUUAGUGUACACUAUGUAGUAGUGAAGCACAUUACGAAAAAAAGCAUGUAAUUUGAGUACUGUGGAUCCCCGUCUUAUCUUAAAAUUUAAAGGCAAAGUAACUAGUAAUCUCGCUUAAUGUAUUGUCUGAUGGGUUAAGCGCAUAGGCAUAAAAACAACUUUUGGUUAUAGCAAUCCCAUGUCCUGUGAUAGAUAUACACUAGUGUGUGUAUAUCACGAAAAUAAACACGUGAUUAAGAAUGUGACAAUGUCAGACCACGGAGGAAAAUGAAACGGGAAUUUCCUUAAGUACUUUCGUAUAUUAAAUACAUCUUCAGAAGGAAUGAUUAAGACUUCUGAAGAUGUAUUUAAUAUACGAAAGUACUUAAGGAAAUUCCUGUUUCAUUUUCCUCCGUGGUCUGACAUUGUCAUAUACACUAGUGAAUGUCUCUGGAGCACAUUUUGUUAUUAAGCCAGAGGAGUGUUUACAGCUUAAAAAAAUAUCUACUCGCCUUAAUUUUAACCAAUAAUAAACCACUAUUUCCUUGUAUAUCUUUGGUGCAUUGUUAAAAAAAAUAAAUCCAGCUCUACUAUUGAUUAUCAUGCUGCCUUGUGUGUAGAUAAUUAAAAUCUACAUUUUACAUUUGUCUUGCCUCAAUGCUUUAGAAUUAUCAAAGUUGCCUAGUCAACUGGUACUGUAAGGUGUGGAUUGUACAUCAUCAUAAUCUUUUUAACUAAGUUUAACCCUUUACAUUUUUGUUUGUUAAACUAAAUAUUAAUUUGUUAUCUUUAUAUAAAUAUAUAUAGUAAUAUUUUGGGUACUUUGAUAUUUUGUAAUUUACAGCAAAACACUGAUAGUAUAUAAUUAACCAAUACUAUACAACGAAAUAUAUUUGUAAUCGCUUUAGUGUUCUUAUUAAAUUUUGUCAUCGAAUAUUUCUUCUCUGGUAAUAAUGGUAUACUAAUUACAAAGAUGUAGCAAGAGUAUUAAGUAAAUGCAGUACACUGUAUAUAAAAUGUGCAUAUAUCUAUAUUAUUGGCUUGUUCCUGGCAAGCAUACAUCUUUGAAAUAAAAAAAAGUUAUGUUUAUA